AUGAAUGUCGACGUCCCACAUACCCAAAAGGCCUUUGUGCCCCUCGAAAAUAACCCAGAAGUAAUGUCCCACCUAGUCCACCAACUAGGCCUCCCCAAAACCAUAGGCUUCACCGACGUCUUCUCAAUCGACGAGCCAGACCUGCUAGCCUUCGUCCCACGCCCCUCCCACGCCCUCCUCCUAGUCUUCCCCGUCUCCAAAACCUACGAAACCUCCCGCCAAACCGAAGACGCAACACGACCAGACUACACAGGCUCUGGCCCCGACGAACCAGUAACAUGGUUCAAGCAAACGAUCCGCAACGCCUGCGGCCUGAUCGGCCUCUUACACGCCGUUUCCAACGGUGAGUCGAAGAAGCAUAUCAUCUCCGGCUCGGACUUGGAUGGCCUGCUUCGGGACGCGGAGGGUCUGGAGCCCGUGCAGCGUGCAGAUUUACUGUACGAGUCCAAGGCGCUGGAGAGUGCGCAUGCGGAUGCGGCGAAGCUGGGGGAUACGGCAGCGCCUGAGGCCGGGGACGAUGUUGAUUUGCAUUUUGUGGCGUUUGUCAAGGGGGAGGAUGGGACGCUGUGGGAGUUGGAUGGGCGCAGGAAGGGCCCGCUCGCUAGAGGCGUUCUCGGGGAUGGGGAGGAUGCGUUGUCCGAGAAGGCGCUUGGGCUUGGGGUUCGGCGGUUUUUGGAGAUGGAGGCUCAGGGGGGGAACCCGGAUCUGAGGUUUAGUCUUGUUAGUCUUGGGCCGCUUUUCGAUUAG